GACGGCCACAGCGGUCCAACCUAUGAGUCCAUGCAGGCUGUGUUUGACCUACAACCCUUCAGGCCAGCAGUGAACCUCAGCAAUCCCACUAUAACCAACAUCUCCUUCACCCUGUAUGCUGUCCUGGGGGUGAAUGAGAAGACCCAGAUACUCACGACUUUCCUCUGGCUGAGACUGUACUGGCAGCAUGAGUUCCUCGUUUGGGACCCGAAUGAGUGCGAUGGCGUCACCAGGAUUUCUCUCCCUGUGAGGCAGCUUUGGUCUCCAGACAUUAUCGUGUACGAGUUUGUGGAUGAUGAUGUCUCCCAAGCUUGUCCUUACGUCUACGUCAACCACACGGGUCACAUCCGCUGGGACAGGAUGCUGCGGCUCGUCUCAGCCUGCAACCUGGAGAUCUUCAGUUUUCCUUUUGAUGUUCAGAACUGCACAUUUACGUUCGGCUCCUACAUGCACACCAUAAGGGAUGUAAGGGUCAGUCCAGCCCUGACCUUUAAGGAGAUGUCUGGAAACUCAAAGCGUUACCUGGAAGCCAGUGGAGAGUGGGAGCUGGUGGACAUAUUGGGAGAGACAUCCAUCCUCCAGUUUGGGAUCGACGAGUGGGACAUCAUCACCUUCUGGGUGGUGAUCAAGCGGCGUCCAGUGCUCUACGUGGUCAACCUGCUCAUCCCCAGCUCCUUCCUCAUGCUCAUCGACAUCCUGUCCUUCUACCUGCCCCCCCACAGCGUCGACCGUGCCUCCUUCAAGAUGACCCUCAUCCUGGGCUACACCGUCUUCCUGCUCAUCAUGAACGACCUGCUACCGAGCACCGCCAACGGCACACCCAUCAUAGGUAUCUAUUUCUCAGUGUGUCUGGCCCUCAUGGUCAUCAGUCUACUGGAGACGGUCAUCAUUACCAAUGUUCUCCACCACAGCUCCAUGAAAUAUCAAGAGGUUCCAAACUGGGUGAGGGUGGUUGUGCUCAAACACAUAGCUAACCUCAUCUGCUACCGCUGGCCGGAGGACAUCCGGCCCCCUUCUGUACCACAGAAGGAUAAACCUGAGAGCUCAAAUGGAAGCUCAGGUCCGCGGGUCGUCCAACCAGCCAGCCAGGCACCUGCCCAGUACCCAACCAACAACGCAGCUACAGCGGCUCUGCCUGAGCUGCAAGAGAUCUGUCAGUACCUGGGCGACCUUCGUGCCCACCUCACCUCGCUUCGGAAGGAGAGCGAGCUGCAGGACCAGUGGUGCCAUGUAGGAUAUGUCCUCGACUUCCUGCUCUUCCGCAUCUACCUGCUGCUCAUCUCCUGCUAUGCCCUGGUCAUCAUCUCCAUGUGGUGCAUCUGGAUCAGCCAGACGUAG